CGCGUUCGGGCCUGGCUCUGUGUUAGAGGCGGCGGCGGUGUCUGUGGCGGCGAGGGACGCGAGCUACGGGCAUGGACGUUUCGGGGCAGGAGACCGACUGGCGUAGCGCCGCCUUUCGGCAGAAGCUUGUCAGCCAAAUAUGCAGCUUGGAGAGCAUUCUCUGAAUUUCACAGUGUCUGCUUUGGUGUCAGAUACUUAGGAUCCAUCCCUGUCCCCUCAUCUAAAGUGGGUCACCCUCUGUGAGGAUGCCAUGAGGAAAGCUGGUGUGGCCCACAGUAAAUCUAGCAAGGAUAUGGAGAGUCAUGUGUUCCUGAAGGCCAAGACCCGGGAUGAGUACCUUUCCCUUGUGGCCAGACUCAUUAUCCAUUUUCGAGAUAUUCAUAAUAAGAAAUCACAAGCUUCUGCCAGUGACCCCAUGAAUGCACUGCAGAGCCUUACUGGUGGACCCACUCCAGGGACAGCUGGGAUUGGCAUGCCUCCUCGGGGCCCAGGACAGUCCCUAGGCGGGAUGGGUGGCCUUGGUGCCAUGGGACAGCCAAUGCCCCUUUCUGGGCAGCCACCCCCUGGAACCUCUGGGAUGGCCCCUCAUGGCAUGGCUGUGGUGUCUACAGCAACUCCACAGACUCAGCUGCAGCUCCAGCAAGUGGCAUUGCAGCAGCAGCAGCAGCAACAGCAGCAGUUCCAGCAACAGCAGGCAGCACUGCAGCAGCAGCAACAGCAGCAGCAGCAGCAGCAGCAGCAGCAGUUCCAGGCACAACAGAACGCCAUGCAGCAACAGUUCCAAGCAGUAGUGCAGCAGCAGCACCUUCAGCAGCAGCAGCAGCACCUGAUCAAGUUACAUCAUCAAAGCCAGCAACAGAUACAACAGCAGCAACUGCAGAGGAUGGCGCAAUUGCAGCUGCAACAGCAGCAACAACAGCAACAGCAGCAAGCUUUACAGGCCCAGCCACCAAUGCAGCAGCCACCAAUGCAACAGCCCCCGCCUCCCCCUUCUCAGGCCCUGCCCCAGCAGCUGCAGCAGAUGCAUCAUCCACAGCAUCACCAGCCACCACCUCAGGCCCAGCAAUCCCCAGUUGCUCAGAACCAAGCACCACAGCUCCCACCACAGUCACAAAGCCAGCCUUUGGUGUCACAAGCACAAGCCCUCCCUGGACCAAUGCUGUAUGCUGCCCAACAGCAGCUGAAAUUUGUCCGUGCUCCGAUGGUGGUCCAGCAGCCGCAGGUGCAACCCCAGGUGCAGCAGGUACAGCCCCAGGUGCAGCAGCAGGCGGCAGUGCAGACAGCACAGGCUGCCCAGAUGGUAGCUCCCGGCGUCCAGAUGAUUGCUGAAGCCUUGGCCCAAGGCGGGAUGCACGUAAGAGCCCGGUUCCCGCCCACCUCCACCAUGUCUGCUGGCCCGUCAAGCUCCGUCUGUGUGGGCGGACAGCCCACAGCACAGGUCAGCCAAAGCAGCCUCACCAUGCUGUCCUCACCAUCACCGGGCCAGCAGGUGCAGACCCCACAGUCGAUGCCCCCUCCCCCACAGCCAUCCCCACAACCUGGCUCACAGCCCAACUCCAAUGUCAGCUCCGGCCCUGCCCCAUCCCCCAGCAGCUUCCUGCCUAGCCCGUCACCACAGCCUUCUCAGAGCCCAGUGACAGCACGUACCCCGCAGAACUUCAGUGUCCCCUCUCCUGGACCUUUAAACACCCCUGUGAACCCCAGUUCUGUCAUGAGCCCAGCUGGCUCCAGCCAGGCUGAAGAGCAGCAGUACCUGGAUAAGCUGAAGCAGUUGUCCAAGUACAUUGAGCCCCUGCGACGCAUGAUCAACAAGAUUGACAAGAAUGAAGACAGAAAAAAGGACCUAAGUAAGAUGAAGAGCCUGCUGGACAUUCUCACUGACCCUUCUAAGCGGUGUCCCCUGAAGACCCUGCAGAAGUGUGAGAUUGCCCUGGAGAAACUCAAGAACGAUAUGGCGGUGCCCACACCCCCACCUCCACCAGUUCUUCCAACCAAACAGCAGGAUUUGUGCCAGCCACUCCUAGAUGCAGUCCUGGCCAACAUCCGUUCACCUGUCUUCAACCAUUCCCUGUACCGUACAUUCGUGCCAGCCAUGAUGGCCAUCCAUGGCCCACCUAUCAUGUCCCCAGUGGUGUGUUCCCGGAAGCGCAGAUUUGAGGACGAUGAGCGACAGAGCAUUCCCAAUGUGCUGCAAGGUGAAGUAGCCAGGUUGGACCCUAAGUUCCUGGUGAACUUGGACCCUUCUCAUUGUAGCAACAACGGCGCUGUCCACUUGAUCUGCAAGCUGGAUGACAAGGACCUCCCUAGUGUGCCACCACUGGAAAUCAGUGUGCCUGCUGACUACCCUGCCCAGAGCCCAAUGUGGAUCGACCAUCAGUGGCAGUACGAUGCCAACCCCUUUCUGCAGUCAGUGCACCGGUGCAUGACCUCCAGGCUGCUGCAGCUCCCUGACAAGCACUCAGUCACAGCCCUGCUCAACACCUGGGCCCAGAGCAUCCACCAGGCCUGCCUCUCAGCCGCCUAGCGAACCUGAACUUCUUAAUGGCUGCAGAUUUUACACCGCCUACCAGACGUUACUCCACGUUGACUUCUUAGGGCCUGGGUUAGGUUAGCUUUCCUGCUUUUACUUUCUGUCUCAGGGGCCUGCCAGACGUUCCCCAUGCUUGUGCAGUAUUGACCAGAUAGCUGUGGAGCUGGCUGCAUGAGGGCCUGCGAUGGUCCCAGGAAGUUUUUCCAUGGUUUCUUCCAGAAGUCAACCCCCCCCCCCCCCCCACUUCCUGUAGCCAUGCUUCCUGCAGCCCUUUUGGACUCCCUGUAUACUCAGUAGCAUGAGAACUCAGGUCCAUCUAAGCAUCUCUGUGUCACAAUACCAUUGUACUUGUGUCUGGAGAAUGGAGGACAUAGGAAACCCUCACUAGACAGACACAGGCAUGUGGGCACAUCCUGGGGACACUUCUGCAUCUAGGGCACAGGUUUCAGUUGAAGGAAAGGCCAGUAAGGCAGCAGCGGGUUCCCUGCCACUAGCAGGACUUCCCCAGAGUGCUGUGGGGAGGGGGGGCCAGCUGGGGUAGGUGCUGUCCCUGUUUCAGUGCUGAGACAUGACUGUCAUUGGAACCCACAGCCUCAGAACACCACAUUCUUAAUGUCUCCACCACCAGGAGUAUGGGCUUCCUUCAGAGUGCUGUUGCCAUAAGGCACAUGCCACCCUGGGCGCUCUGACGAAAAGAAAUUUCCCUUUUGAUAUGUGCACUACUCUGUCAUAUGAUUCUUAUAAUAAAUUUAUUAUUCCUGUU